AUGAACCAUACAACUAUCACACAAGUCAUCUUGAUAGGACUGACCAGCCACCGAACGACACAGAUUGCCCUCUUUGUGGUUAUCCUCAUUGCCUAUCUGAUCACCAUGGUGAGCAACCUACUCAUCAUCAUGUUGGUCCAGUGGGACUCCCGCCUCCACACACCCAUGUACUUCUUCCUCAGUAAUCUUUCAGGUUUGGAGAUGUGUUUUGUUAGUAGCAUUGUGCCCCAAAUGUUGGCUCAUCUGCUGGUUGGGAGUGGAAGAAUCUCUUUCCACCGUUGCAUAGCUCAGAUGUAUAUCACGUGUUCUCUGGGAUGCACGGAAGGCUUGCUGCUAGGUGCCAUGGCCUAUGACCGCUACUUGGCCAUCUGCUAUCCCUUGUUGUAUGCUAGAGUCAUGAGCAGAGAUCGCUGUUCGCUGCUGGCUGUAGCCUCGUGGGCAGGAGCCUUCUCUCUUUCUGGGCUCAUCACAGCCUGUAUUCUGCAGCUCCCGUUCUGUGGCCCUAACCGCAUCAACCAUUUCAGCUGUGAGUUUAUCAUGGUGCUUAAGCUGGGAUGUGCUGACACUCACUUCAUUGAGGUCAUCAUCUUUGUGGUGUGCAUUUUCAUCUUAGUCAUCCCACUGUUUGCUAUCCUGGCUUCUUAUGGGCUCAUCAUCAUGUCGGUCCUGCACAUGAGUUCAGGUGCAGGCCGGAAUAAAGCCUUCUCCACAUGUACUUCCCACUUACUGGUGGUCACCAUGUUUUAUGCCUGCCUCAUUGCCCUCUACAUGAGAGUUCAGUCUGGCAGAGAUCCUGGCAAUGACAAAUACGUGGCUAUCUUUUAUGUAGUGUUCACCCCUCUCCUCAACCCAGUUAUCUACACCUUGAGAAACAAGGAAGUCCAUGCUGCACUGAGAAUGCUACCUUGGGGCAGAGGAGCUACCGGC